GCCAAUUGUAUUUAAUAUAAGGAACCAAUCUAAGUCACUUACAACACAGUUAAUCUGUGUGAUAAUUUUGAUUGUUUAAGAAAUAUUUGGUGUGUUUUCAUCCCUUGUCCACUGUAUGUAAAAGACAUUCACUUUAGAAGAGACUGAAUAGCAAAUUAUGUUAUAAACAUUUAUUAUAUGUUCUCAUAAAGAUUCACUUUCUUUUAAAUGGCUUCUCAACAUUGUUCAAUUCGUUUAAUUCGUCAAGAUACAUCUAUUCCAUGGGGUUUUCGAUUAGAAGGUGGUACUGACUUUGGUCAUUCUAUAACUAUACAACAUGUGAAUCCUGGAAGUAUAGCUGAUUACAGUGGACUUCGGGCUGGUGAUCAUGUGAUACGAAUUAAUCAAUCUGAAACUAAAUGGAUGAGACAUGAUGAUGCAAAAAUGGAGAUCAUACGAUCAAGUAAUGAUUUAGAAUUGUUUGUUCAACGUAAUGAAAUUGUAAAUCAAUAUACACAUCAAAAUAAUUUUUCUCCAUCACCAAAACAUUCGUUAAGUAGAUCACCGAAACCAGUUUCUCCACAACCAGUUAGUCGACAAACUAUUUGGCAACCUAAAAUUGUUUCAUCUGUUCAAAUGUCACCAAAUAGUAAUCAUAACAAUCACCAAGCAUAUGGAACUCAUGUUAAUUUAGAGGCUACAUCGAAAAAUGAAGAGUCAUCAUCUAUCGGAGUUAAGCACAAUAUCUCACCACUUCCAUUUGGUCAAUCACCACCGGCACCUGGAGAAAACGUACUAACAAAAGUCGGUGAGGGACGUUAUAGAAAAAUCAGUCACUCAUCAUAUAAUUCACCUAUGGGUUUAUAUAAUCAAAAGAAUAGAAAUCAAACAUUUGAAAGAACAUUGUCUAAUGCUACAGGCAAUCAGCAUGAUGGUACAGCACCUCAAGUAUCACCAACAACACCACCAUCAAUGUAUUGUGGAUCAUGUGGAGGUUUUAUACGCGGUGUUUUUGUUAAAGUACAAGGUCGUAUCCCAAUGCAUCCUGAAUGCCUUAAAUGUUGUAAAUGUGGAAUAGGUUUACGUAAUAUUGGUUAUUUCUACAUUAAAGAACAAUUGUAUUGUGAAACUCAUGCUAAACAAGCUGCACCACCUCCUGAACCUGGCAUGAAAGCUGUUGUAGUUUAUAAAUAACAGGUGAACUUUGAAAAAAAGAAAUAAUAAUUUAAGUUCUAUGAAAGAUAUUUAAUAUCCCAUUACACAUGAAGCUAUCAAAAUGAUUUAGUGAGUUUUACCAUUUUGUUGUUGUUGUUGUUGUUGAAACAAAACAAACUAUUAUUAUUUCCCAUCAACAAAAAAUGUUUAGUUUACAAAAUCUAUUGUCAAAAUCAUUAGGAUUAGUCCAAAAUUGGAUAUUUUAUCAACAAAAAAAAACCCAUCUUAACUUUCAUUACCAGUUGGGCAUGUAUAUUGAUUUAUAACAUAUAUAUUACAUUAAAUGAUUUGAAUAUAGACAAACUUUUUAACAAACCGUCUACUCAAUAUAUCCAACUCAUUUUUCAAUUGAUAAGAUUGAAUGAUAAAGAAACUGUUUAACUGAAUGAUAAUUAUAAUUGUGAAUGUAUGAUCAUUAUUAUUAUUAUUAUUAUUAUU